GAGCUGAGCUGGGAGCAGAACCAAACUGAACCAGACUGAAGCCACCAUGACUUCCUGCUGGACGCUGCUGUGUGCAGCAGCUCUGGCUCUGCUGGUGGAGUCGGCGCCCUCGUCCUCUGGAGGGAGCAACAGGGGCUUCUCCUACGACCUGUCGGGUCAGAGUCUCACUGAUCUCUACAACAAGCGAGUGAUCAGAGCCGAGCGGAUGGAGAGGCCAAAAGGAUCGAAUCCCAUCGCUGCGAGACCGUUCAGCCACACUGGAGUCCGCGUGACGCUGGAAGACGGCUCCCGGUGGCUCAUCCAUAAAGGAGAUAAUUAUGGAAUUGACUCUCAGACGGUGGUGACGGAUGCUGCUUACAUGGGCUCAGACUGGAAGACGAUCCAAACCAGGGCAUCUUGUGGUAGGAAGACGGUUGCAGACCUUGUGGCGGCUGGAGGUGCCGACUACAGGUUGCUUAGGGAUAACUGCCACGCUGCAUCCAAAAGAAUCAUGAAAUUGUGUGCUGCAGCGGGUUAAAAGUUAAACCCAUACAAUAAAAGAUCCUUCCUCACAGUG